AUGGUGUCGGCUUGGCUGCAGAAGGUAGCCUCUCAAUCCCACAAAUACGAGAUCGUGGCCAUCGUGAGACGAACGUCGUCAGCAGAGACUCUGGGAACGAAGUCGGUGACGCCCACAGCUGGAGCAGACCUUUCACGAGAUUCAUUAGCGGCCUGGAUGUCGGAUCUGGACGCAUCUGGGGCCGCCGGAGGAGUGGGAAGCGGGAAUGGCUCGGAGGAAUGA